AUUUAAAAUUUUACAAUUGAUCAAUUUCUUCUUUAAAGAAUCCUUUUUUAAAUGUUAGUCCAUGGUGCGGAUUUGGUAUACGGAGAGGAGAGAGAGAGAGACUUGGGACUUUUUGUGGGGAGAGAUAAAUUUGGAAGGUCUGAGAGAAAUUGAGGUAUAUAUGCUCACAAAUGUUGUUGAAUAUAUAAUUUAUGCAAACAUAUUGGAUAAAGCUAUCUAUAAACAUUCUGGUAGGUGUCAACAGAGUAAAUGUCAUUCCGCAGCGUAGUCCGUGAUGUAAGGGAUGGCUUUGGGAGCUUAUCAAGACGGAGUUUUGAGGUGAGGCUGCCUGGGCAUAUCAGGGGGAAAUCUCAUGGUGCCGUCCAUGGGUUGCAUGACCAGCCUUUUGUCAUCCAGAAUAGCUGUUGGGCUAGCCUCCCACCAGAACUUCUUCGCGAUGUGAUUAAGAGGCUGGAGGCAAGUGAGAAUACAUGGCCUGCUCGCAAGCACGUUGUUGCAUGUGCUGCUGUGUGCAGGUCAUGGAGAGAAAUGUGCAAAGAAAUUGUCCAAAGCCUUGAAUUUUCAGGGAAGAUUACCUUUCCAGUCUCCCUGAAGCAGCCAGGACAUCGAGAUGGAACCAUUCAGUGCUUCAUUAAGAGAGACAAAGCUAAUCUAAUUUACCACCUUUUCCUUUGCCUUAGCCCUGCGUUGCUUGUUGAAAAUGGAAAAUUUCUUCUUUCUGCAAAACGGAAUCGGCGAACUACUUGCACGGAGUAUGUGAUCUCCAUGGAUGCAGAUAGCAUAUCAAGAUCAAGCAGCACUUACAUAGGAAAGCUGAGGUCAAAUUUCCUUGGCACAAAGUUCAUUAUUUAUGACACGCAACCACCAUACAACAGUCCUCAUAUUUCCCCGCCUGGUCGUACAAGCCGACGGUUCUACUCAAAAAAAGUUUCUCCUAAAGUACCUACACGUAGCUACAACAUUGCCCAAGUCAAGUAUGAAUUAAAUGUGCUAGGCACAAGGGGCCCACGCAGGAUGCAUUGUGUCAUACAUUCAAUCCCUACUUCAGCCCUUGACCCAGGUGGCACCGUCCCAGGUCAACCUGAGCUCCUUCCUCGCUCCCUUGAAGACUCAUUUAGGAGGAUCUCAUUCUCAAAAUCAAUUGACAACUCAACCGAGUUCAGCAGCUCCCGGUUUUCAGACAUCAUUGGCCCACACGAGGAGGGGGACGAGGGAAAGGCUAGACCAUUGGUUCUUCGAAAUAAGGCACCAAGAUGGCAUGAGCAGUUACAGUGUUGGUGCCUCAACUUCCGAGGGAGGGUAACCGUUGCAUCUGUCAAGAAUUUCCAACUGAUCGCUGCAACACAACCCGCCGCCGGUGCACCAACGCCAUCUCAGCGUGUCCAAUCUGAUCAUGACAAGAUUAUCUUGCAGUUUGGUAAGGUUGGCAAAGAUAUGUUUACCAUGGAUUAUCGCUACCCACUAUCUGCAUUUCAGGCUUUUGCCAUCUGUUUGAGCAGCUUUGACACCAAACUGGCAUGUGAAUAGAAGAAAGAAAUAGGACAUUUAGUUGAUCAUGGUUUUCCUUUUUCUAGUUUUACAUAGGGUGGGGAGUUUGUAUGCAAUCAGUGUAUAACUCAGUGUUCAGACUGGGAUGUGCUGGAAAAAAAAUCUUUGCACGUUGGAAAGGGAGGGUGUUUUUUUUCUUUUUCUUUUUCUUUUUUUCUAUGUAUGUUGUUUUUUCUCUUUUGUUCCUUGAGUUAGUUUGCUUGAAGGGUUCAGUUGUAAUGUCCUGUAUUGUAUCUUUAAAUGUUCUUCAUGUGUUUAAUUGAAUAUUGAAACUUCAAAAAAGUGCAAUUGUCUGUUUGUUAGUGUCA